AUGCAGAUACAACUAGGGGGAGGAGAGCCGGUGUUUCCCACCAGUAAGACUUUUCUCUAUCACUAUGAUGGGCUGCUUCUGACCGGGAUGCCGGACGCCGGGCUGGCGAGGUCCGGGGUGAAGCUGAAGUGUAAGCUGGAGAUCAGCAGCACCGGCCCGCGGCUCCAUCUCCUGAAGAUUUCUGAUCUAGAAAUUCAACAAUUUAAUGGCAUUUGGCCCAAAGAUUCCUUCAUCAGUUCUCCGAAGCUGACCCAGGCUCUGAAGAGGCAACUCGGCAGGCCGAUAAAAUUCGAGUACGUCGCCGGUCAGGUCGGAGAUAUAUUUAUUCCGGAAGGCGUGUCGGACACCGUGGUUAAUAUUUACCGCGGGAUGCUGACCGUCCUGCAGCUCACCAUGAAAAAGACACAAAAUGUGUAUAGUUUGCAAGAGCGAGGGAUUGGCGGAACUUGCCACACGAGUUACACGAUUGACAAGGACGCAAAAGGUAAUACGUUAUCCGUCACCAAAUCCAAAGACCUGAACGACUGUAAGGACAGAGCGCGGAUGGUUAGCGGGAACGCGUAUUUCCAUCCAUGCGCCACCUGCCGGCAGAGAAACAAAAAUUCCCGCGCCACGGCUACUUACAACUACAAGCUGAGGGUUAUGGGAGUGGGGUAUCUCCUGCAGGAGGCGGCGGUACACGAAGUCCACCAGUUCACCCCGUUUAAUGAGAUCGAUGGCGCGGCCGUCCUGGAGGCCAGGCAGCGGCUGGUUUUGGCUGCCGUUGAAGAUCGCGCGUAUUCAUCGCCCGUGGAUAAUAAUGAUUAUUCGGAGAAAGUCUCGCUGCGAUAUCACUUCCCGAGCGAGCUGAUCGCGGCUCCUGUUCAGUUCUUACAAACGCAAAAUACAGAGACUCGGAUAAUUGAACUUCUCAACCACCUAGUAAAACAUUUUGAGGGAUUUGCCGCUAAAGAGUCCCCGGAGAAAUUCGUCGAACUCGUUUACCGUCUACGGGCGGCGAGUUACGGGGAGAUCGAGGCGCUAUGGAAACAAUUUUCAUCGAAGCAGGAUUACAGGCGCUGGAUUUUAGAUGCAAUCCCAGCCAUCGCUAAUCCUUUGACACUGAGGUUCCUUAAACACAAAAUUGAUGAGAAAGAUCUAACCGAGUUUGAGGCUACCCAAGCCGCGCUUCUGGCUCUGCAUCUGAUCAAAGCCAAUCACGAGGCUCUGACGGAAGCCAAGUCCCUCCUGGCAGUUAUCAAAUCGCAGAAAAUGCCGCUUCUCCGGAAGGUGUCCUUCCUUGCCUAUGGAUCAUUGGUGCAAAAGAUCUGCAGCCCAAGGGAUCAGCCGUGCCCAGAGGGGGCUCUCCAGCCCAUGUAUGACCUUCUGGAAGAGGCGGCCAGCGCUGCUCAUGAGGAAGACAUGAUUCUCGCCCUGAAAGCUCUCGGAAACUCAGGGGAGCCGCAAAGCAUGAAACGGAUUCAGAAAUUCCUCCCAGGAUUCUCAUCCUCAGCUUCCCAGCUUCCUGUUAUGAUCCAGUCUGUCGCCGUCUCGGCCCUGAGGAACAUUGCGCUGAAAGACCCCGAGAAGGUCCGAGAUAUUUGUCUCCAGUUGUUUGCAAACCCCGACGGGCAGCCCUUAAUCCGCAUGGUCGCCGGGGCCGUGCUUCUCGACUCAAAACCCCCUCCCGAAGUGGUGAUGACGUUAACGAACAUCUUACUACGAGAAGUAAACUCUCAAGUGGCGGGAUUUAUAUUUCCGCUCCUGGAAAGCAUGAGCCGCGAUUCCUCCCCGGACCUGCAGGACGUAUCUGCAGCUUUCAAGAUGGCCGUAACGAUUCUGAGAGGCAAAUACGGAAACGUCGGAAGCAGUUACAGCAAACACUUCCAUUAUGACAUUUUUAAAGAUUCGCUGAUGGCCGGGAUUUCUUCCACAGUAAACUUUUUGUACAAUGAUGUAGAGUUCAUCCCGUCUUGCGCGAUGUCCCGAGUAAAAGCUCACUUCAUGGGAACGUUCAUUGAUUUGAUCGAGACUUGCUUUCACGCUGAAGGACUCCAGGAGUUACUGACGAACAAACAUUUAUUCUCCCCCGACGGCGGGGAGCAAAAUGUCAAAAAAAUUCUAGAUAUGCUAAAAAAGCUGUCGGAGUGGAAACCGCUGCCCUCCAAGCAGCCCCUGGCGUCGGCCUACAUCAAGAUGUUCGGCCAGGAGAUUUUCUUUCAUCAGUUGGAUAAGGAAUCUUUGCACGAUUUAUUUAAGGUAGGAUUCUCUUUUCAAAGGGGACAUUCUUCGUUAAAGACGGCCGUCAAUCAUCUCCAAAACGGCGUGCACAUCCGGUGGUCCAAACCGCUGUUAUCCAGCGAAAACCGCCACGUUGUGCCGACGUGCGUGGGGCUGCCGCUGGAAACGAGUCUGCGGUAUUCCUCCGUCACGCGCGCCGAGAUCCAAGCUCAGACUCACAUCACGCCCGUCCCCAGCCAAGACGUCAACAUCGUUCAGCUCCUAGAUUCCAACGUAAGGCUGCAAUUAAGCUCCUCUGUGAGUUUGGCUAAAAAUAUCAUAUUUACUAUGGGAGUGAAUACAGAUCUCAUUCAGUCCGGCCUGGAAAUCCACGGAAAAGUGAAUAUUUUCUUUCCCGCGAAUAUCGCCGCAGAGUUUGAUGUCAAUCAGAAGAAAUUCAAACUGGACAUCAUCCCGAGUGCCCAAGAAAAUGAAGUCGUCUCACUGAGGUCAAAGGCAUUCUCCGUAACGAGGAACGCCGAGGAUACAGCCGCACUUACAAUGAUUCCUGUUCUGCCGCCUGGAACGAAACCAAAUGUAGCGAGGCAGGUCUUCAAUCUGAGAGCGGAGUCAGCGGGGGACUCAGCGGUAACAGAGGCAAAGUUUUCAGGAGAAGUUCUGUCCGAGGCGAACGGGCGGUUUACGGAGCAGCCGAUCCCAAAUCCGCACGCGUUGGCCUUUUCCACGUGUCACGCGGCCACGGAAUUGGGGUUUCAGAUGUGUUUGGAGAAGAAGUCCGCAAGCGCCGGGUUCAUCAGAGACUGCCCUCUUUACAGCGUGGUCGGAGAUCAUUCGGUGAAUGUUAUAUUUAAACCAGUGCGCGCCGACGCGUCUGUCGAGAAAAUACAAGUGGAAUUUCAAGUGGGAUCUAAAGCGGCAACGAAAAUAGUUCGUACGGUUAAUCUCCAGCAAUCUUGUGAAGACGAACAAGAGACAGAUGUGGCCUCAACGGCGUUUUCCAAGCUAAGGAAAAUUCUCGGCCGUGACGGAAACCGAGUGAUAAUGCAAGACUCUGUAAUAAGCAACACAAAUUCAUCUUCUAGCUCUGAAAGCAGCCGGAACGACACAUCAGACAACGUGAGCGAAGACUCCCGGGAGUCAAAGUCAAGCAAGAACCAAGAGAAGCAUCAUCACCGAAACAAGGAGCGCGCUCACCAAAAACACCGGCAUGGCGAGGAGGAAGAGAGGAAGAGCGGGAAGCGGAAGAAGCACCAACCGCGCCAUCAACAGAAGAAGAAGAAAGUGAAAAAGCAACAUGCGUGUAGACACCAAAAAGAUGAAAAAAAUAUCAUGCAAAAGUGUCAUGAGUGCUGGGAUGAAACUAAGAACAUCGAACAUAAGCUGAAGGACAUACAACGUAAACAUGAAGAGAUACAACAUGAGAAGGAGAACAUACAGCAUGAAAAGCAGAAGGUCCACGAUGAGAGGGAGAACAUACAACAUGAAAAGCAGAAGGUCCACGAUGAGAGGGAGAACAUACAACAUGAAAAGCAGAAGGUCCACGAUGAGAGGGAGAACAUACAACACGAGAAGGAACAAAUCCAACAUCAGCAGAAGAAGUUAAAGCACAAGAAGGAAGAGAUGGAACACGAGGCGGAGGAGAUAGAACAUGAGAAGAAGAAAAUGGAACACGCAGGGACAAAGAUGGAGCACGAAAAGGAGAAGAUGGAACACGAAAAGGAGAAAAUGGAACAUGCAAAAGUGAAGAUGGAGCACAAGAAGGAGGAGAUGGAACACGAGGCGGAGGAGAUAGAUCACGAGAAGAAGAAAAUGGAACACGCAAGGACAAAGAUGGAGCACGAAAAGGAGAAGAUGGAACAUGCAAAAGUGAAGAUGGAACACGAGAAGGAGAAGAUGGAACAUGAGAAAGAUAAGAUGGAGCAGGAGAAGGAUAACAUGCAGCAUGAAAGGGAAAAUGCGCACAGGGACCACAAUAAACAGACUGAAAAGAAAGAUAACCAGAGAGAUCGUCCACAAGAGAACCCACACAAGAGUGAAGAACACGGCCGUCAUCAUCAUCAACAUCACCCUCAUCAUCCCUGUAAGUUCCGUAGCAGCGAUGAGAGCGGUCAUGAGAGCCAAAAGACGAGCCUGGAGAAGGGAGGGAAGAAUCGUGGAGGACACACGGGCAGAAGUGGGGACAGCAGCAGCGGGAGCCAGAGUGGGCACGUGGCCAGCAGCCGUAUGAGCCACAGAAGACACGUGGACAAAAACAAGAAACCAAAGCAUCUACAAAAGAAUGCCACCAGCACAGAAUGUACCGGAACAUCUUCUCACCCCCACGGAACGUGCAACAAAUCUCACCAGGGGAAGAAAUCCCGAACCCCUCACAAGGACGGGAAGUCAUCGCGGCACCGGGUAAUAGAUGCAGAGUUUACCAACGUUACCAUGGAAGCGCUGGGUCUGGAUAUUCAGGAAGCUCGGUUUACGUCGGCGUCCGAUCUCCUGGGCAGAGAAAAGAAUAAUGAACAAAAAACGGUGAAUUCAUGGUUGGAGUCGGAUCGUGGCAGCAGCUCCAGCAGUAGCAGCAGCGGAGAGUCAGAGCCCUAUACGCCCGUUUUGCUCGGCGUCCUCCCGGAGUUCGUUCUCCUGGUCCGAGCUUUUAUGAGCGAUAACUCCCAGCGCGGUUACCAGACCACCGGAUACAUGGACCCCGUCCGCCAUCGGGCGCAGCUGACGACGGUCACUCUGGAGGAAAAGAGUUUCUGGAAAGCCUGCGUCAGGGCUGCAGCUUCUGAAAACCACAAAGCUCAGGCGGUGGUCACAUGGGGUCACGAGUGUCAAGACUACAGAGUUUCGGCAAAAUUCUCUAAGGGGCAACUAGCCGGGCACCCGGCCGUGCAGCUGAACUGGCGGUGGGCACGACUUCCAUCGUGGCUGAGAAAGACCACCCAAGGGGUCAUGAGGUUUGUACCGGGAAUGGCGUACAUGCUGGGAUUCUCCCAAAUCCACUCGAAAAAUCCAUCCCGACAGCUGCUUCUCCGAGUAGCUGCCACCUCCCCAGAAACCAUCGACACCAUUAUCAAGACCCCAGAGCUCACGUUUUACAGACAGGCUAUUCCCGUUCCGUUGGAUCUGACACAAGCGGCAUCCCCGGCCAGCGGGAGGAAUCGUGGCCUAUGGAGCAAUAUUCCUGAGAUGGCAGCGAUGGUGACCAGGGAGGAAGAAGCUGAAUGUCUGGCGAACGGAGAGAGAAUUGUCACGUUUGAUAAAUUGGACCUGACGUGCCCUCUCGCCCCUACAAACUGCCCCACGGUCCUCGCCCAGGACUGCACCAACCGGCUGAAGUUCCUCAUCUCCGUACAAAAAAUGGCUCCAGGGUCUUCAGCCUUUGGGAUGAACAUCAUGCUGGGCUCCUCCGACGUUAAGGUAUUUUCUGACGUGUCGGAGAAUUUCCACGUUUUGCUCAAUGGGGCGAUGUUGCUGCUUCAGAAUGACACUUAUAUCAAUGAAAAAGAAUGUGUAAGAAUUCACAAGAAUUCCACCACGGUCACCGUAAAAGCCCCAAAACAUGGCAUUGAGCAAAUUUCGUUUGAUGGAGAAACAUCCAAGAUAAUGAUUGCUUCUUGGAUGAGGGGAAGUACCUGCGGUGUUUGCGGGAACGCAGACGGCCUCCAGGACAAUGACCUUCGGAAGCCGAACGGCGAGGCGGCCCGGAGCUGCAGCGGCCUGGUGCGUUCCUGGACAUUGGCGGAUAAUUCCUGCCGCGGAAUAUGCGCGCUGAAUCGCCAGUUUGUGAUGUUAAAGAACCAGUUGAUUGACGGUGAGCAGUUCACCUGCUACUCCGUGGAACCGGUGCUGAGAUGCGUUGAUGGAUGCCACGCAACCCAAACCGUCCCGGUGAAAACGGCUUUCAGCUGCCUUCCCGGAGAGUCUGCAAUACGGCUGGAAGACUGGCCCCUGAACCACAAGGACCGAUUGGAAGAUUUAAUAAAGGAGGUGGAUGUGCACACGGACUGCGUCUGCGCCCCUGAAUGUGCAUAACCCUGAUUUAUUGCCCCCUGGAUCUGCAUGUAACAGACGCCGACUCCGGACUGCCCAAAAAAUAC